CACUAGUUCUCAUUGUGAAUUCUCGGGUAGUUAAAUCGACAUGGCAGUGCAAUUCGUUGCCGAAUUGUAUAGAGCGCUGUGUCUUGUUAUCCUGAGGGGAGUUAACGUAACAGUAUGGUCUGACCGCUGGAUUUUGUACGUUCUUUAGCACUAAACGAUUAGUAAAUUCUCAUUUAGUUUGCUUGUUAGCGUUCAUGACCACAUGAUACCGGUGUUGUGUGACUGUUGGUUUCCACUUGGUGUGUGCUCUCGCUGCUCGCCACAGCUACAGCUGGCAGACAUAACGCAUAGCCGCUACUGGGCUUAAAACGGGGUGCGUUGGUAUCUCUAGCCACUUGCUAACGUCGUCUAUCCAUUCUGUUAUCAGCUCAGGUUCAGGCAGACAAUCGCCAUUAGCAAAGAAUAAUUUAUUAAGGUACGGUUCGCAGCCCUUGGGUAACAGUGACAGCAUACCUUGACAGCUAAACGUGCCCAAACCGGUCUAACGUUAUUAGGUGAGCCAUUUUUCUGACCGCGCACACUCAGCCUAGCCUCUGGAAGAUCAGCUCAACUGUCCCUCCGAGAGAGUUUAGUUUCCGAGUCUGGAAUGUUGAUUUCUGAAUGGAGCAGUCAAUGGAUUAUGGGACAGAAAGAGUUGUUGCUCUGGUGGAUAUGGACUGCUUUUAUGUACAGGUAGAGCAACGGAUCAACCCCGAAUUAAAAAAUAAGCCGUGUGUUGUGGCUCAGUACAAGACAUGGAAGGGAGGCGGCAUCAUUGCGGUGAGUUAUGAAGCAAGAGCACAUGGAGUCACCAGAAACAUGUGGGCAGAUGAUGCUAAGAAGUUAUGUCCAGACCUCCAGGUGGCAAGAGUCAGGGAGUCUCAUGGCAAGGCAGAUCUUACACACUACAGGAACGCAAGUGUGGAGGUCAUUGAAGUGAUGUCACGUUUUGCUGUGAUUGAGAGGGCUAGUAUUGAUGAAGCCUACAUGGACCUUUCUGCAAGUGUAAAGCAAAGACUUAAGAGCAUAGAAGAUGUACAGAUUGAGCCACACCUCCUGACGUCCACCUUUGUUCAGGGGUACCCACAGGCUACCACCAGCCAGGAUGAGAUUGAAGACACCUUGUUGGAUAAUGAUGCAGUCAGAUUAAAGGGCUUGGCCCAAUGGCUGUCCUCUUUGCCCCCAACAACGCAAAUGGAUAGUGCAGACCUGCAGCUGGCUGUGGGUGCCAUCAUUGUAGAAGAGAUGCGGGCAGCUGUUGAGCAGUGCACUGGCUUUCAGUGCUCAGCGGGAAUAUCACACAACAAGGUCCUGGCUAAGCUUGCUUGUGGCCUGAACAAACCCAACCGGCAAACAGUACUUCCCCUCAGCUCAGUUCCGGAACUCUUCAGUAGUCUCCCCAUUAGCAAAAUUCGUAAUCUUGGAGGUAAGCUGGGGGCCUCCAUCACAGAGACUAUGGAGGUAAAGAACAUUGGAGAGCUGGCAAAGUUCACUCGGGGGCAACUGGCCCAACACUUUGGAGGAAAGACUGGUCAGUGGCUGUAUGACUUGUGUAGAGGAAUAGAGUUUGAGCCAGUGAAGCCUAGACAGCUGCCAAAAUCCAUCGGCUGUAGCAAGAAUUUUCCAGGAAAGACAUCUUUGGCCACCAAAGACCAGGUCCAGCACUGGCUUGAGCAGCUAGCUUUGGAAUUGGAGGAAAGAUUGAUCAAAGAUCGGGAAAUGAAUGGACGUGUUGCUAAGCUUCUGACUGUGGGAGUGAGGCUAGCUGGAGAAACAAAGCCUAGCAGUUACUCUCGUUGCUGUGCUUUGGCACGAUAUGAAGCCAGCAAGAUUUCCACUGAUAGUUUUGCCAUUAUUAAAAGCCUGAAUUGUGCUGGAAACCACCAGCAAUCCUGGUCCCCUCCCCUCACUCUACUACACCUCUCUGCCAGUAAAUUCAGCGAUGCUCCGGCAGCCUCAUCUGGGGGAAUCACCAGUUUUCUGAGAAAUUAUGUAACUUCCCCCCAGAAACUGCAGUCAUCCCACUGUCCAUCUGCUGGCUUGGCAAUUCACAAUCAACAACAACUAACACCCAAGAGACCAGGAAUGAUCGAGUCCUUCUUUCAGAAUGUUGCCAAGAAGAGAAGGCAAGAUCAACUUUCAGAGGGAGCUGAAAAUGAACUUGAGGACAGUGGAGAGGAGGAAAGGAGGGAUGACAAAAAAAGUUUCUCUGAAAAUAGUGCCUCCUCCUCUACCAGCAUGCAAGCAACAUCCUCAUUCUUUCAAAAGAAAAGUGUUGAGAAAAGACACUUCCAGUCCUCCACCACCAGAGCUGAUGGUUCAGGUGUUGUGUCUUAUCAGAUGGAGGAUUCCUGUCAGAGUCAUACACAUGCUUUUUCUCACCCUGAUAAAAAGACAUAUACACCUACCAGUGAUGGCUUGUCUGGUAUUACAGAGGAUUCAUCUAUUCCAGAGUCUACUUUGAGCCUCUCAUCAGAUGACCAUAUGACAUGUGAUCGGUGUGGUCAGGAAGUGCUAGCCUGGGAAAUGCCAGAGCACACAGACUACCAUUUUGCACAAGAUUUACAGAAUUCUUUUUCCUCCCCAUUAUCCUCAUCCAAUCAGAUCCCAGCUAAACUGCCCAAAACAUAUGUUGAUCCUAGGUCUAAGACAUCACCUCUGGCCUCUGGUAGGAGAACCAGUGAAUCAGUAAGACAAGCCAAAAAAACUAAGCUAGCAGGCACUGUUACUCUCGACUCCUUCUUCAAAAGGAGAUAACUUUGAUACGUGUUCGGUCUAUAUCAAAACUUAUUUCAUUUUCAACUGAUGAGGAAAUUAAAGCCAGAUAUACACCAUUCAACUCAAGAGGUGCUGACUGUCUCUGGGCACACUUUUCUUGUAUUUUAUUUUGAUUUACAUAAAUGAUCCUAUUAAACUGCAAGCAAAAUCGCCACACUUGUUUGCCAGUUCAGAUGAGAGGCUGUUGAUCUAUACUUUCAGAAAAUUAGUAAAUAAAUAUGAAUCAUGGUUUUA